UUCGCGAAUGCGCAACAUCCGCGCAUCGCCCGGGCCCUCAACGAUCACUUACGUGCUAAUAACGCACCGAUACUUCUUCGGCACUCACCGAUUUCCCGUGAGAAUCCGCAAAAAGUUUAUAGAAAAAAUGCUUGUAAAAAGUCUGAAGCAGCUUGGAACUCGAUUGAUUAGCACAUCAGCUGCUUCAGGAUCAACUAGAUCAGGGAAAUUAUUAGAUUCAGUUAUAAGAGUAGAUCAUGCUGGAGAAUUAGGAGCUGAUAGAAUAUAUGCUGGACAAAUGGCAAUCUUAGGUAAUACUUCUGUUGGUCCAACUAUUCAACAUAUGUGGGAACAAGAGAAAAGACAUCGUGCAAAGUUUGAAGAGUUAAUUAGAAAAUAUCGUGUAAGACCCACUGUCCUAACACCUGUUUGGAAUGUUGCUGGGUUUGUUCUUGGUGCUGGCACAGCACUUAUGGGAGAAAAAGCAGCUAUGGCUUGCACUGUAGCUGUUGAGACAGUGAUUACAGACCAUUACAAUGAUCAAUUACGUGCAUUGAUGGAAAGUGAUGAAAAAAUACAUGAAGAGAUUCUUGAAACCAUUAAACAAUUUCGUGAUGAAGAACAAGAACAUCAUGAUAUAGGUAUAGAACAUGGUGCAAAACAAGCACUGUUCUACCAAACUUUAACAAAUAUUAUCAAAUUUGGCUGUAAGACUGCUAUAUCAAUAUCCAAAGUUGUAUAAUUUAUUAGUACAGUGUGACAAUUUAACAUUAAAAUAUUUCUUUACAAAUAUUAACUCAAUUUUAAUGAAAUAAAGUAGUGUUUGUGAGAAAGAUAUAUAUUAUUCUGAUUUUAAAGUACCUCCUUCACAGUAUGGUCCUUGAAAUCCUGGUGGACAUGAACAAAUACCAGGAGCUGUACAGU